AUGCUUCAAGCUCCAGGCGGUGGAUAUACAGGACCACGCGGACAAUAUGUGCCUGGUGCUGGUGGAUCUCGUCAAAUUUAUCGUUCAUCUUAUAUUCGACCAUUAGGUGAUCGUUAUGGACCUCGACAAAUACUACCACCAAUAACACCAGUUGGUGCAGGACCCGGUGGUACUGGCGCUCUUGCAGGUAUUCUUGGACCUAUUGGGGGUCUUACUGGGUGUUUAUGUUGUCUUAAUACUAUAAGCAUAUGGGGUCUAUUUAUUACGGCUAUCCCAUUGACUGUGUUUAUCGAAUUAAUUUUUCUUCAAGGUCAAUGGUUACGUGAUUAUAGGAGCCGUAAUGGACUAAAUGGUGCCGAUGAACUUGUUGUACCACAUAUGCUUCUUUUAUUAGUACUCGAACCACUUACUAAGACAAACGAUUCUUUAGGUGCUGUACUUGGUCCAAUAGGUGCUCUUGCAGCAUGUUCCUGCUGUUUAAUUGUUACUGCUAUUUGGGGUCUGUUUGCUACCAUGAUUGCAUUAGCUGUAUAUACAAGAGGAUGGGCUGAUGCCGUCAGACAAGUCAACGGCUUAGGUAGUGGAGCUGAACAGAUAUUUUAUAGUCAUGCUCUUCUUAUUAUUGUUCUUUGCGUAUAUGGUUACCUUGGAAUUCGGCGAGCAAUUUGCUCAGCCAAUUAA